CGCUGCCCGGCCGGCCCCACGCCGUGCCCGGAGCCUGACCCGUGGCCAGGAGACGCGGCUCUCGAGCUCCGCAGGCUGCUCUGAGCCCGCCUGAGCGGGUCUCCGCGGAGAUGGCGACCCCCUACCCCAGCAGUGGCGGUGGAGGCGAGGUCAGGUGCGGGGGAGGUCGCGGCGGCAGCGUCCCUUGGGACUUUCUGCCGGGGUUUGUGGUCAAGACCCCGCCCGGACCCUGCCUGCAGGCGCAGCGCAAGGAGAAGUCCCGUAACGCGGCGCGCUCGCGGCGCGGAAAGGAGAACCUGGAGUUCUUCGAGCUGGCCAAGCUACUCCCGCUGCCCGGAGCCAUCUCCAGCCAGCUGGACAAGGCGUCCAUCGUGCGCCUCAGCGUCACCUACCUCCGCCUGCGCCGCUUCGCCGCUCUUGGGGCGCCACCCUGGGGGUUGAGGUCCGCGGGGCCGCAGGCUGGCCUAGCCCCAGGCCGCAGGGGCCCCGUGGCGCUGGUCUCUGAAGUCUUCGAGCAGCACCUGGGAGGACACAUCCUGCAGUCCCUGGAUGGCUUCGUGUUUGCCUUGAACCAGGAAGGGAAGUUCCUCUACAUCUCAGAGACAGUCUCCAUUUAUCUGGGUCUCUCACAGGUAAGGAGCCCACAGCAGCCUGCCUGGACUGGCUCAGCUGCCAUCUCCCUUCUGUGGCUCUUUCUGAAGAACAGAAACAUCUGGGCCAACAGCCCAGAUCUCAUUCAGGUGGCUGGGGGCUAG